AUGGUAUCUGGUCUGGACGACGUAUCUACUGUCACAACUGAUAUCCUUCACAUGGAAUACUCAGGGAAAGAGGAAUCGGAGCCCCUGCUUAAAAAAAUACCAAGACCGGCUAACACGGCAUGGUCAUGCCGUUACAUCGUGAGCUACAUGUCUUUCUUAGCUUUGACAUGUGGCUACAUGAACCGUGUCAACCUUAGCGUUGCCAUAACAGCGAUGGCCAACAGUACAUAUAGCUCGACCUAUGACGUAGUCAACUCCUCGGCUGAAGAGGGUGAAUUCCCAUGGGAUUCGCACACUCAGGAGCUCAUCCUGGCAGCUUUCUACUACGGGUUACCACUCUUCCAGAUCCCCGCUGGCCUGGUGGCCGACAAGUUCCCUCGAUCCUGCCCCUUGAUCAUUGGUAUUGCGUACUUUAUAGCAGCCUCAACUAAUCUGCUGAUUCCGCUAGGUGCAUACAAUAGUGGUGCAUCCGCAAUAAUCGCACUGCGGAUUAUUGCGGGUGUAGCAGAGGUUCGUCGGUCGGACAAAUCAUCGCUCAACCCAUUUCCGGCAUACUCUCGGAUUCGGACUUCCUCGGCGGUUGGCCAUCCACUUUUUAUCUUUUCGCUUCCAAAAAAGUACCCUUGGAAGCACUUCCUGACUUCACUACCCCUUUAUGCUGUCUGUGCCACCGAUUUUGCGAUUCUCUGGAUCUUCUACUCCCUCACCGCAAAUCUGCCCAUUUUCCUGAAGGAGGCUCUACGAUUUGACACCUCUCAGGUUCGUAAAGAUGUCCAGUAUUUCUUGACACACCAUGUGGCUGGUAUACUGUCAGCAGUGCCGCAUAUUACUUUUGCCAUCUUCAUCAUGAUCGGGGGAGCCGUGGCCGACUUUAUCCUUAGACACACCAACUUAAGUGUCACUACCGUCCGGAAAUUCAUGACCACGCUUGGUCUUUUGCCAGCAGGGACCUUCCUUGUCUUAGCUGGUUACGUGGGAUGUAACGCUAUCUUAGUAAUCACGUGUAUUUCACUGGGACUGGCCUCGACUGGGUUUGCUUUCUCAGGAGCGUCCCUCACCAUGAUGGAGUUUGCUCCCUCCUGUGCUGGAAUGGUCGUGGCCAUAGCAAACACGGCUGGCACCAUACCCGGCUUUGUUGCGCCAAUUGUUGUUGCCAAUUACACCGAAAAUCAGGCCGACAUUAGUGGAUGGAGAUCAUUUUUCUGGAUAACUUUUGGGAUUUCUGUAGCGGCCUGGUUAAUCUUCAUGAUCUUUGGAACCUCUGAGCUUCAGCCAUGGGCCAAAGGGGUCAAAGGUGGUGGGGAUAUUGAUUCCCAAGAGAGCAAGUAG